AUGGUUUAUUGCGGGAAACCCUCAAAGGGUUGUCAGAUGUGUAGGACGAGGAGAAUAAAGUGCGACGAGACAAAACCAACGUGUAAUCAAUGCACCAAGUCACGCAGACAAUGUCCUGGAUAUAAGGACGAGUUUGACCUGAUCUUCCGUAACGAGACGCAGGCUACCGAGCGUCGAGCGCGGAAGGCUGGCAACAAGGGAUCAGCGGUAAAGACAGGGAAACCAGACUCUACGUCGGGGGACAUGAGAGUGUCCUUGGUAUUCGCCAACAGCACCAAACCACCUAUAAAACAAGCACUCAUUCGUCCGCUCAACAUCCCUAUAGAACAACAGGCCAGUUGUAGCUUCGUCUCUAAUUUCGUCUUGAUACCCGGAGAAGGAAACGGGCGAGCUUUCAUGGACUUCAUCAUCCCGCUGCUGAAGGAAAAUUCGCAAGGCCACUUACAAAAUGCCUUCAAUGCGUGCUCGAUGGCUUUUCUAAAUAACCGGGGAGGCGUGUGUAGCAGGUUUUCGGACAGAGCGCUGUAUGAGUAUACGAAGGCGCUUAACGGAACAAAUGCUGCUUUGAGAAACCCCGAGACGCAACUGGCGGACACGACGCUGGCAGCUGUUUUAUUGCUGGGCUUGUUCGAGAGCAUCACGGCAAAACAAAUCGGCAUGCUCAACUGGGGUUCACAUACCGAAGGCGCCAUACAGCUCGUCAAAGCUCGAGGGAAAAAGCAGUUAAAGACCAAAACUGGCUUAGGUCUCUUCAUCGCCGUUCGAACCCAAAUGAUUAUUCAUAGCCUCACGGCUGGAACAACCCCUACAAUGGGCGCCGAGUGGUGGAUCGACGACGCGAUUAGGGACAAGACAGCAGCAUCGUGUCACCGGCUCAUGAUCAAGUUAGGAGAGUACCGAGCCGAAGUCACACGGCUGAUGAACAGCAUGGCGCGAACGCCCGACAACGUCGAGAUCAUGACGGACAUGCUCCGGCGAAUACAGACGGUCGACCAAGAAGUCGUAGCCUGGAUGCGCAACGUGCCCGAAGACUGGAAAUUCCGCACGGUAACAUGGGAGGACCACGUGCCCAACGGCGACUACUCGAAAGCAGAAGUGUUCCCCGGCCGCGUCGACGUCUACCACGACUUCUACAUCACCAGCGUGUGGAACACCUCGCGCACGGCACGUCUGAUCCUAGCCUCCCUCGUCGUGCGCUGCGCAGCCUGGAUCUGCAGCCCGGUCGACUACCGCACGACGCCCGAGUACGCGACCGCAGCGCGCACCUGCGCGGAGACCAUCACCGACAUCAUCGCCUCGGUGCCGUACCAGCUGGGCUGGCGUCCGAGCAAAAACAACCCUUCCCACCACCAUCACCACCACCACCAAAAUCAACAGCAGCAGCAACAGCAGCAGAGCGGAUUCCUCUGCGGCGAGGAAAACUCCCCCAAGGCCCUCGCCGGCUACUUCCUCACGUGGCCGCUCAUAUGCCUGCACAGCCAGGACUACACGACGGACGCGCAGCGCGCGUGGAUCCACGGGCGCCUGCGGUUCAUCGGCGACGAGCUCGGGGUCAAGUACGCGCACGUGCUGCGGCAGCUGCGCAUUCGCAUGCCGAGCAUGCUGAUCCGGCGGGACGCGCUCAUGGCGAAGCAGGCUAGCGCGACGCCGCUGCCGCAGCAGCAGCAGCAGCAACAGGAGGAUUAUUCUUACUCGAGGAGGUCGCAGGGGCAGAUGGGGAUGAGUAUGGGUAUGGGGGCUUGUUCGUUUGCGCCGCCGUUGCCGCCGGGGUUGUCGGCGGGUGUGUUUGUUGGGCAGGCGGCGCUGCGGGAGGGUUGCAGUGUUAGCGAUGAUGAUGGUGGUGGUGGUGGUGGUGGUGAUGAUGAUUAUGGUUAUGGCGAGAGCGGGUUUAAUAAUGGUAAUGGUGGCCCGUUGCAGCAUGUCGAGGCGCUGCGGAAGAAACACUUCGAGAAGCAUCGCGCGGAGCUGCUGGCGCAUGCGGCUGGAGGCCAGGACGCGGGGGAGAGUCAGAAGUGGGUUGCGCGGCGGUGGUUGGUUGUGUGA